UUUAGGCCCCAUGCCAACUUGGCCAACAAACAUCGGCACAUGCUUUUGCCUUCGAUGGUUAGUGACAGGAACUUCAGCUCCGUUUUGUAUGAAUAGUCCCUCUUUCAUGAGCCUUUUCAUCAUCAAGGACAAGCAUCAUCAGUUCAACUAUCAAAGGUCUCUAAAUUUCUUGCUACUUUCUUAUUUUCGAUCUUCCAAAAAAACAAAUGGCAAUGGUCAGCGCUAAGAAACUCAUCAAGAUGGACAGGAAAUGUCAGAAGUUUGCCGCUAUGCAAAGGAAGAGGAUUUCAUUUCCAAGAAAUGCUAGUGAUGUUGACAGUUGCAGUGCAUCUCCAUCCUCUAUGGUUCAAAAAGUCCAUUUCGUAAUAUAUACAGCUGAUCAAGCUCGCUUCAUCGUUCCAUUGGCCUACCUCAAAAAUGAGGUCAUUAGGCAACCUUUAAGCAUGUCUGAAGAAGAGUUUGGGUUGCCAAGUGGUGGCCCUAUUACAUUACCCUGUGAUUCAGCCUUCAUGAGUUACAUUAUUUCACUAAUCAAGAGGGGUGUAGCCCCUGGAGAUCUUCACAGAGUAGUGCUCCUCUCGAUUCCUUCAUGCUGCUGUUCCAUUUCUUCUAUGAACCAAGAAAGUGGAAGCCGACAGCUUCUUGUUUAUUGAGUCAAGGACAACAUAUUUUUCGCUGAUGCUAGUUCCAAAAUAGUAUGUAGAGAAGUAGACAUUUAAAAGUACACAAUUGUAUAGAACAUCAUACAAAUUGAAUACUACUUUAUUUAAAAAUUCACCAUAUUCAUGAGUCA